UUUUCUCAGGCUGUUCUCUUCCUUAAUUCCACGUGUUGGUAUCCUCUGUUCAGUCCAGCACUUUUUCUUUUCUCUCUCCUCCCUUCCUAACCCUCCCACCCCCUAUCACCAUACCUUAUAAAGUAGUGUAGUUGUUUCCUGUGUCUGUUACCCCCUCCUUUCUCGCACUCUGUAGAAGUAAAAAUUGGACGUAGUAAAUUCAACGUGUGCUACCUCAGACACCACCUGUGCUUCCUUUCUUCUACUGUGCCUUUUGCAACCAAACAGCUGCUUCUUGCACUGCAGAUAUGGCACCUUCCCUGCAGACUGCCUACGCCCGCCGCUGGUGGAUUGCUUGCUCUGCAAUAUUGGAGAAUCUGUUCUUCUCAGCAGUUUUAUUUGGAUGGGGCUCCCUGCUCAUCAUGUUGCAACAAGAAGGCUUUUAUUCACAUCUCUGCACAGAGUCAAACUCAUCUGAUUUAUCAACUUUAACUAAAAAUGAAUCAUUGCCUAAAAAUAACUCCUUACCAGAGCCCUGGCUAACAUGUAAUGCCCAAGAAGAAAUGCUGAAUUUAGGUUUUACCAUUGGCUCCUUCCUUUUGAGCGCAGCAACACUCCCACUGGGGAUUCUGAUGGAUCGAUAUGGGCCCCGUCCACUUAGAUUAGUGGGAAGCUUCUGUUUUGCACUAUCAUGUGCUUUGAUGGCUCUUGCUGGAUAUGAUCCAUCAGUUUUAGCCCCUGUCAUAUUUCUUGCUCUUUCUCUGAAUGGCUUUGGAGGUAUCUGUCUGACUUUCACAUCUUUAACAUUACCUAAUAUGUUUGGAAGCCUGCGUUCCACCAUGAUGUCUUUAAUGAUUGGAUCUUAUGCAUCAUCAGCUAUCACUUUCCCAGCCCUGAAGCUUAUAUAUGAAGCUGGUGUCUCUUUCAUGGGGCUUAUGUUAGGCUGGUCAAGUUUAGCCUGCCUGAUUUUCCUCAACUGUCUCAUCAACUGGCCAAAGGAAGCUAUCCCAUCACCUGAAGAAUCUGCCUAUACGAAAAAGGUCACACUACGCACUCUUGCACUAGACCACAAAGUCACUGGAGACCAGUUUUACACCCACGUGACCACUGUUGGUCAACGGUUAAGUCGAAAAGGUAAUCCUGAGGAUGAGCAAAUGUCCAAUGAAGACUUGUCUAAACCUACCAAAAACAGUGGAUCUUCAACAACGUUCCUACAGAGUGCACGUUCUCCCAUCUUCCUCUUUUCUCUUAUCACUAUGAUGAUGACUCAGCUUCGAAUAAUUUUCUUCAUGGCAUCAAUGAACAAGAUGAUAGAAUAUUUGGUGCUUGGGUCACAACAUAAUGUACCUGCAGAUAUGAAAUUAAAAGCAGAAUACACAGUGGGGUUAUACUCAUCAGUGUUUGGGGUUCUGCAGCUGCUGUGUCUUUUUACCUGCCCUUUUAUUGGAUUUGUGAUGGACUGGAAGAUGAAAGAGAGUGAGGAAGAGACUAAGACUGUGCAAAAACUCACCAAUGCUACCCGGGCAUUUGUCUUUACGAAUAUUUUACUCAUUAUCUUUGGGGUUACGUGUCUGAUUAGUAAUCUGCCAUUACAAUUCUUUACAUUUAUUCUCCAUACAAUGGUCAGAGGUUUCAUCCACUCAGCUUGUGGAGGAUUAUAUGCUGCAGUGUUUCCAUCAGGUCAUUUUGGUACACUAACUGGACUGCAAUCUCUCCUCAGUGCAGUAUUUGCGUUACUACAAGAGCCAUUGUAUCGGGCUAUGCUUGGACCCUUGGGUGGGAAUGGUUUUUGGGUAAAUAUGGGCCUGUUAAUAUUUUCCUUUGCUGGAUUCAUCCUUCCGGGAUACCUACUAAUAUAUCGCCGCCAUCUUCUUGAAGCUCAAGCAAUAAAACAAAAGGAUCCAGCUGCUGUUCAACUACAGGACUUAAAUUGUUCCAAUGGGGUACCAGAUGGAGAGACAAAAGCUUAGUGGGGUCCAAGAGUAGUAAGGCAUUAGGAAGACAAGAGUCAUUUGGGGAGUUUGUCAAUACUGGCGCAAAGUAAAAGUGCAGGGAUUGCCUAUAGGGACCUUUCAGCUUAUGUUUUUUUUUAUUUAUUUUUUUACAAAAAAUAAGGUGCCCCGGAAAUCUGGUUAUAGUGGAUAACUGCUAAACUUUUUCUUUGAAUUAGAACUGAUAAAUGCCUCCAUUAUGUAUUUAUUGUAAUAUAGGUCAAGCAGUUAGAUAUGAUGUAUUGGAGGUCUAAUAAAUCCAGGAUGCCAGAAUAAAAUGUAUUAACAUGCUAUUUACAGAUUAUUUGAGUCGCUAUGUAAACACUUGGUAAAUGCCUGGUAUGUGUUUCACAUAGCAAGCUAUCAGAGCUUAAAGGGGUACUCCGGUGGUUAAUUUUUUUUGACUAUAUGGCAUCUUCUUUGUAAGUUUAGUUUUUUUGCAAUAUACAUGUGUUAUAUAUUUUGGCAGCAUGUGUGUGUUUUUCUUACCUGUUUGUUGGGCAGGAAGUUCUGUAGUUCAGAGGGUUUUCUUUUAGGCUAGGUUCAGACUACGGAAUUUCCAACAGAAAUUCAGUCGUAAAAUUUCCGUCCGAAAUUCCACUUGCUAAAAUGUCUAGUGUAGUGAAUGGGUUUCCGUUCACAAAUUCACACCUCAGAAUUUGUGAAGCGGAUAAUCCGCUUAGAAAAUCCACUUAGAAAUUUCCGCCUGAAGAAAGGCGGUGCUCUUUGUUCAGGCGGAAAGCUGCGCGGAACACAUUGCAGUCUAUUGGAGACUGCAGUGUCCGCGCGGUCCUAGCGCCGACUGAUUCAGCCGGCGCUGGCCGCACUCGGAAUCUCCGGGCGGAAAUUUUCUGCCUGGAGAUUCCGUAGUCUGAACCUAGCCUUACUGUUGUCCACAGUUCUGAGUCUGUUGUGGACAAGAUGUCACAGCUUUUUUUUUUUUCUCUCUCUCUCUGUCUGCAUGAGAAAUAAGCCACGCCCCCUCAUCUCAUCCAGCUGAGUACACAGCUCCUCCCCUCCCCCACUCUGUAUUCUAAGGACACAGGUCUGCACAGGAGAAGGACCUCACAGAGAAGAUAAGUGUUAUCUGAAGGGGAGGAUGAGAAGGUGCACGGGCUGGGGAUGUAUGGACUGCAGGGGAAUAAAUCUCAUACUGGGAAUGAUCUCUAUGGGGGAGAUUUAUCAAAAC